AUGUCUGGAGUACAAACAUUCGUGCUCAUCAGACAAAUAAAUGCCACCAGCGGAAUUCAAGGUCUACACCUGUAUCGCAUUCGCAAAUCGCAGGGGCUUUCAUUCGCGCCUAGACCGUCGGACGCGAUGGGCGUGCCGCGAGUGAGUACCGCGCCGGAGCUCGAGCUCCGAGUACGACCCCACCUGUUGAUUGUCGACGACUCGAGAGAAACGCGCGCCACUGGAGGU